AUGCCACCUAAAAAACGAUUAUCUUUAUCUCGAAAUUCGAGAGAAGCUAAGAGAAUGAGAAAUGUGCGUUCUCAAGAAUCGGCAGAGGAAAGAGCACAUCGGUUAAACUCUAUGAGACGAGAAUUGUGGCUCACAGCUGACCGCGAAUGGCAUAUAUUAUCUCGCGAGUCCGAAACCUACACUGAGAGGGAAUUACGUCUGACAGCUGAUCGCGAACGGCAUGUACUAUUAUCCCGCGAGUCCGAAACCUUCACUGAGAGGGAAUUACGUCUCACAGCUGAUCGCGAACGGCAUGUACUAUCCCUGCGAGGACCAACAUCAUUUAUAGAUUUGAGAAAAGUAGACGAUGUUGUUUAUCCAACUUAUGAAGCAGUUUGCCAAGCGCGUCCUUUGCUUGAAAAUGAUCAGGAUUGGGAUGACGCUUUAGCAGAAUCCUGUGUUCGUGAUAAUCCACGACGGUUUUGUGCAAGUGAUUAUAAACAAGGAUUGAAAAUGGUGAAAGAAACUACAUAUUAUGACAUACUGGGGGUGAAACCUAAUUGUACUACAGAUGAACUUAAAAAAGCAUAUAGAAAAUUGGCACUCAAAUACCAUCCUGAUAAGAACCCAAAUGAAGGAGAACGUUUUAAGCAGAUAUCUCAAGCAUAUGAAGUACUGUCUAAUCCUGAUAAACGGCGAAUUUAUGAUCAAGGAGGUGAACAAGCUUUAAAAGAAGGUGGAGGUGGCAGUGGGUUCUCUUCACCUAUGGACUUGUUUGACAUGUUCUUUGGAGGUGGUUUUAGUCGCCACGGUCGGCAGGGUAGAGAACGCAAAGGAAAGGAUGUUAUACAUCAGCUGUCCGUCACUUUAGAAGAGUUGUACCGUGGUGCUGUUAGAAAACUGGCUCUACAAAAGAAUGUUAUUUGUGAAAAAUGUGAAGGACGGGGUGGCAAAAAAGGUGCUGUUCAAACUUGCCCAACUUGCCGAGGCACUGGUAUGCAGGUACAAAUUCAGCAACUUGCACCUGGUAUGAUUCAACAAAUACAGACCGUAUGUUCAGAAUGCCGUGGUCAGAGGGAAAUUAUUAAUCCUAAGGACCGCUGCAAAGUCUGUCAGGGACGAAAAACUGUUCGGGAUCGUAAGAUUCUUGAAGUUCAUGUGGAUAAGGGUAUGACUGAUGGACAGAAGAUUGUGUUCAGUGGAGAGGGUGAUCAAGAACCUGACUUGGAACCAGGAGAUCUUAUUAUUGUUUUAGAUGAAAAAGAACAUGAGGUUUUCAAACGUUCUGGUAAUGACCUCAUUAUCCGUUUAAAUAUAGAACUAGUUGAAUCACUGUGUGGUUUCCAGAAAGUAAUCAGAACCCUAGAUGAUAGAGAUAUUGUAAUAACUGUUUUACCUGGUGAGGUCACUAAGCAUGGAGAAGUGAAAUGUGUGCAGAAUGAAGGUAUGCCUAUGUACAAAAAUCCAUUUGAAAAGGGACAGCUUAUUAUUCAAUUUUUAGUUAAUUUCCCUGAACGCAUUCCACCUGAAGUCAUUCCUGCAUUGGAGAACUGCUUGCCGCCUAGACCGAGGGUUGAUAUACCUGAAUUGGCUGAAGAAUGCCAGUUAAUGGACUUGGAUCCUGAACGAGAAAGUCGUAGACGGCGAGCUCACCACGCCAAUGCUUACGAUGAAGAUGAUGAGCAACCUGGCAUGAAUAGAGUGCAGUGUGCCACUAGCUAA